AUGGGCCAAGCUGAUAGCAGGCCUGCACGGCCGCUAUCAUCCACGUCGGGCUCGCUCCCCGCCCGCUCGACACCACCGCGCAAGACGGCCUCGCAGCAGCAGCAGCCGCCGCCGCCCCCACCACCACAGGAAGAGCCGACCGCCUCCACAGAGUCGACCGAAUCACAGCCAGUUGCUGUGCCCAUUUCCAACCACAGCGGGCCCGACGAGCUGCUGCAAGACGACUACAUCCCGACCGGCUACUCCGAGAGCCCAUAUGGCCUUCCCGCUGCCAACUACAGUCGUCCGCCGCGACUGCCGCUGCCCAUCGAGGAGGAGGAGUACCGUCCGGGCUCGCCGAUCAUCAACCCGCAGGAUGUGUCGGCCAUUAAAGAGGACGAUAUCGAAGGUGGAGCCAUACCUCGCAUAGCUUCUGUGAGGAGCUCGACGACCGUGGACGACGACGACGUCGGGGACAACGAUGCUUUUGACACUUCGGGUCUCAAUCAUCUGCUGGUCAAGAUCCCCAUCAAAUUGGCAUGGAAUGGUGGCGGCGAUAAGAUUUUCGUUACAGGCACCUUCUGCAACUGGGAGAAGAAGAUCAAGCUGCCUCGUAAUAGAGAUGGCAGCCCAGGCUUCUCGGCUAACGUCCAUCUACCUCCUGGUACUCAUCAUGUCAAGUUCCUGGUAGACGGCGAGAUGGUCACGUCUCCGGAUUUGCCGACCACCGUCGACUGGACCAACAUUCUCGUCAACUAUAUCGAGGUCGUGGCGCCCUUGCCCGAGGAGACACAGAAGCAGCCAGCCGAGCCGGCUAAGCCAAUGCGCAUACCUGGCGCGGCCAUCGCAGCUGAUCAAACGACGGGAACGGAAGAAGCUGCAGCAAGGCAGUCGGCAGAACAAACGCUACCAGCCGAGACAGCUGCUGAUCUGCCAUCUACACUGCAAGCGACCGACGGCUCGACUGAGCAGCCCGUAACUGCCCCGGUCUCGAUUGCCGGAACUCCUACACCCCGUCAGGUUGAACCCCAACCAGUGCCAGAAACUAAGCCAGCGCCAACACCUGCGCCUCCCAAGCAGAGACUGCCGCGCCCAAAGUACACUAACCAGAUCCCGCAGUUCCUGGUUGAUCUCGAUAACUACAACAAUCCAGAAGAUGAGCGAUAUCAGCGUGCUCAGCGAGUGACGACUACCCUUCCACAACCUCCGAGUCUGCCAAUGUUUCUGAAUAAGAGCAUUUUGAAUGGCGCCACGCCGCACAAGGAUGACGCGAGUGUAUUGAUAAUGCCUAAUCACACUGUACUGAACCAUCUGGCUACUAGUAGUAUUAGGAGCGGUGUUCUGGCCACGAGUGGUACCACCAGGUACAAGCGCAAGUUUCUCACUACUAUCAUGUACAAACCGACCUCAGACGAGACUUGACGCCGAGACUAGAGCAACAGCAAAUGGCUCAUACUGCAUACUCGGAGGUCGAUAUGGGAGUGGCUUUCUGAUUAUUGCGCUUCAUGAAAAGCACUGUUUCAUGUUCCUCAACACGUUGGCGCGCAAGAGUUGACGCCAGCGCAACAUGCGGAGAAACACACGACACUUACGGCGACACGGCGAUAAACGGGAAAUGAACCUUCUUGCCACUUUUUAGGGAUUGUGUGCUGAACACGGGUCAGUGGGCCUCAUUUGGCCUCGUGGACCACAGGCGACAUAGAGACGGCAUGGGGAUGGUGCUAGAGCAUGUAAUGCUUGCAGUGCGCCUCGAUAUGAUAGAUACUGAUACUCCCUGUAGCGAUUCAAGUUAAUGAGUAUG